AUGGCAUUUUCGCUGGUCCCCCAAAACGCUCGUGAACUGUGGAAGGAGUGGGAGCUGCGGGUGCUCGUGCUCCUCAGCUUGUUUCUCCAAUUGACCCUCGCGACUCAGGGCAGUCGGAGGAAAUCCAUCUACAAGUACUGGAUCCAAGUCGUGGUCUGGACGACGUACCUAUCAGCCGACUCCAUUGCGACCCUCACGCUCGGUGUCCUCUCAAAUCGUCUGGCCAACAUCAAGGAAACGAGGGGAAUGAUCGAUCCGCAGAGCCAGAUCACAGCAUUCUGGGCACCGUUCCUUCUCCUUCACUUGGGCGGGCCCGACACGAUCACCGCGUAUGCCCUGGAGGACAAUGAGCUAUGGCUGAGGCAGUUGGCAAGACUUUGUGUCCAGGUAGGACUGGCUUGUUACAUUUACUUCAUGGCAUUGUCCGGGACAACACUGUCGAUAUUAGCGGCUGGUAUGAUCCUGGUGGGGUUCGUCAAAUAUGCAGAGAGGACAUUGUGUUUGUACUUGGCAAGCGAAGGUCGACUUCGAGAUUCGAUGCUUUCGCUUCCUGAUUUUGGUCCCAUAUACCCCAGGAUAAUGGAACAGUACACUCUGAAGAAAGAGGAGGGUUACCGAGUCGGCAUUGACGAGGUCACGGAAGUUCUGGCUCCGGAGGAUCUCUCGGUGAUCAGCCGUCAAGCCAGCAACAAAGAGAAAGACACGACUCUGGUUUUGCUCAAAGCCUAUGAGUUGUUCAAGAUCUUCAAGCUUCUCUUCGUGGGCCUUAUUCUCAACUCUGGCGACCUGGAGGCCAGUAAGCGCAUGUUCAAGAACCCUGAUGCCAUGGACUCGGUGACGGCUUUUGGGAUUGUGGAGAUCGAGCUUGGGUUCAUGUACGAUCUGCUCUACACCAAGGCACUGUUGAUGAACCGUGCUUGGGGCAUCAUUCGUUGCGUUAUUAAUCUGCUGGUGCCGUUUGCCGUGUUGGUAAUCUUCUCCUUACAGGAUAGGAAGGAUUACCCCAGAGUUGACAUCUGUAUCACCUUCUUGCUGAUAAGUGUGGCUAUACUUUUAGAGAUUUACUCGGUUCUUCUAGCAAUUUCUUCUGAUUGGGUUGACCACUGGCAGCUUCAGAGACCCGAGGGAUCCACGGUUGCAUCUGCUGUGGCUUUUCUCCGGAUCUGUCGGAACAAAAGAUGGUCGAAUUCUGUGGCCCAGUUCAGCCUCUUGGGAUUAUCUAUCAGGAAAAGAAAUAGGAUCUUCAGCAAGUGUCCAAGGCUCGCAAAAUUAGAUGAGAAGCUGGAGAAGAACUUCUGCAUCCAUUACAAAGUGUUCAAGACCAACAUGAAAGAAUGGAUCUUAGGUCACAUGAAGGAUACGGUGAAAUAUAUGGAAGAGGAUAGAUCCAAGAGCGGGUUGACGAGUCUUAAGCUGGAAACCAGCGAAGUGCUGAAGCGGUCAAAUCACGAUCACCUGAACUGGAGUGUGAAAAAUAUGGAGUUCGACCAAAGCAUCCUCGUCUGGCACAUAGCCACAGAGCUCUGCCACUACAAUGACCAUGGCAGGAGGCAGGGCCAAAGGUCGGAAGACAUCACCAACUUCAAGAUGAGUAAGUUGGUCUCUCGGUACAUGCUGUAUCUUUUAGUACUCCAUCCUUCCAUGUUGCCAACAGGGAUAGGGAUGCUUCGAUAUGAAGAUACUAUGGUCGACGCUCAGAAGUUCUUUGAGGACAAGCUAGCGGUUUUGUCAAAGAAAGAAACCAUCAACAUCUCAUCGGUUGUCAAGAAGUGGGCGCAGAAAUUAUUUAAGAAAGAUAAACACGUCCACACCGGCGUCAAGAGCUGUGAUAAGGCGCACAAGUCAACAGAGUCACGCAAUCUAUGCGAAGUCUGCCAUCUUCUGUUCCAUGUGGAGACUCAGCUGCCCUCCACGAAAAUACGCGGUGGCCAAAGCAGGUCAGUGCUGUUUGACGCGUGCCGUCUCGCAUCCCAGUUGAAUAGAAUCGAGUCGAAUGACUUCGGCAGUAAAUGGGGCUUGAUCAGCAGGGUCUGGGCGAAGUUUCUGAUAUAUGCAGCUUACCAAAGCAAAGGGUACGAGCACUCCGAGAGCCUGAGCAGAGGAGGAGAGCUUAUCAGCCAUGUCUGGCUUCUAAUGGCGCAUCUUGGUGUGGCGGAUCCGGUACAAACUUCCGAAGCACAAUGCAUUACCAAACUGACCAUGAACUAG